AUGGGUGUCGUCGUCGCCAGCAACAACGAAAAGACGGCCAGUGGCUCGCUUCACGACUCGUCGUCGCACGAUCAUGCCGCUGACCAUGUCGUCCUCGAGACGGCCCCCGAGGUCAUUCCCGUCCCCGCGGGCACCACCGAGCGUCGCAUCCUCACCAAGAUUGACUUGCACGUCGUGCCUUUUCUCUGCAUCAUGUACCUCUUGGCCUUUCUCGACCGCGUCAACAUUGCCAAUGCCAAAGUCUUUGACCUCGCCAAGGACCUCCACCUCGAGGAGCCCGGCAAACCGGACAGCACAAAGUACAACACGGCCCUCGUCAUCUUCUUCAUCCCCUACUGCCUCCUCGAGAUCCCCUCCAACAUUCUGCUCAAAAAGUUCAAGCCCCACGUCUGGCUCUCCAUCAACAUGUUUCUCUUUGGCUUUACCACCAUGAUGCAGGGCCUCGUCACCAACUACGCCGGUCUGCUGGUCACGCGCUUCUUUCUCGGCGUCUUUGAGACGGGCAUGUUUCCGGGAGCCUUUUACCUGAUCGGCAUGUGGUACAAGCGCUCAGAGGCCCAAAAACGCUACUCCUUCUUCUUCAACAGCACCACCCUCGCCGGCGCCUUUGGCGGCCUCCUCGCCGCCGCCAUUGGCAAGAUGGACGGCCUGCGCGGCUACAAGGGCUGGCGCUGGAUCUUCCUCCUCGAGGGCGCCCUCACCGUCUUUGUCAGCUUCUUCAUCUACUUCCUCUUGCCCGACUUUCCCGAGGACGUCAAGUGGCUCACCGAGGAGGAGCGCACCUACGUCCGGGCCCGCCUCGCCGCCGACCAGGGCAGCCACGCCAUCGAGCGGCCCAUCAAGGCGCGCGACGUCCUCGCCGUCCUCAAGGACCCCAAGGUCCUCGCCGGCGGCUUCGCCUACUUUGGCAUCAUCGUCCCCGCCUACGGCUACGCCUACUUUGCGCCCGGCAUCCUCCAGACCUUCCACUACGGCAAGAUUGAGACGCAGCUGCGCAGCGUCCCGCCCUGGGCCGUCGCCUUUGCCUUUUCCAUGACCAUUGCCUACGUCUCCGACCGUCUCCGCCACCGCAUCGCCUUUGCCAUUACCGCCAUCCUCGUCGCCAUUGCCGGCUUCGCCAUCCUUCUCGCCGUCCACAACCACACCACCGUGCAGUACAUUGCGCUCUUCCUCGUCGCCAGUGGCGCCUAUACCGCCAUGCCCAUCAUCGUCUGCUGGUUCAACAUGAAUCUUGGCGGCCACCACCGCCGCGCCAUCGGAAGCGCCUGGCAGGUCGGCUUUGGCAACCUUGGCGGCAUCAUUGCCGUCUACGUCUUCCUCCAGCGCGACUCCCCGCGCUUCAUCCCCGGCUACAGCGUCUGCCUCGCCUGGUUCGCGCUCUCGGCCACGGCCUGCUGCGUCUAUGGCUACAUGUGCUGGAGCGCCAACAGGAAGCGCGAUCAGCUACCGCCCGAUGCCGCCGCCGCGCUGACGCAGGAGGAAAGGGACAAUCUGGGCGACAAUGCACCCGAUUAUCGCUAUCUGUUGUAA